AUGUACAUGUCAGUUUUCAAACAUGUGUCCCUUCUGUGUCUUUUCUCUCUGAAAGCCAUAAAAACGAAGCUGUGGCCCAAGCAGAAAGCGACUAAAAAACCCAAAGAUGAGUCCCCAAAGGUGGAGAAGCCACCCAAGCCGCCAACCUCGACCACCUCCGCUGUUGCCGCAAGAAGUGCCCCUCCGCAGCUGAGUGAGGCCGAAAGGAUACGUCUGACGCCCUUCGAGAGAGUUGUCUACGACAUGGCCCACAAUGAGAAGAUGGUCAACGACCUCAUCCUCGGCCGCAGGGUUGGAUUCUACGAGCUGCGCGGAGAAAUCGGCCAGGGCAAUUUUUCAUCAGUCAGACUGGGCAUCCAUGCCUUGACCAAAGAGAGAGUGGCUGUCAAGAUCAUGGAAAAGCAGCGCAAGGUGGAUAAGGGUCCCCAGCCCUUUAGCUCCUCGGAGAUUCGCUGCAUGGAAAAGCUGUGCCACCCAAACGUGGUGCGUCUUUACGAGGUGAUGGAGACGAGCAGGAAGCUGUACCUGGUGAUGGAGUACGGCAGCGGCGGCGACCUGUUCUCUCGCAUCACCACCAGGGGGAAGCUCAGCGACCUGGAGGCGAAGCUGAUUUUCCAAAAAACUUUUUCUUCCAUUGUGACCUGA